AUGUUCGCUAAAGCUAAAGGAGACCUAAUAAAAGCCGCUAAGGCCUUUAGUAGUAUAGUAACUAAUAUCGAUAUAAACUUCGGUGCUAGCGGCGACGAUAAUAUCGAUAUAAACUUCGGUACUAGCGGCGAUAACGACGACUAUAACCCUACUAGCGCUAGUAGUAACGACGAUAGCGAUAACGAGAAUAAGCCUUUUAUUAGCCCUACCGCUAUAGCCUUCGAUGCUACCGCCCUCCCCCCUCCUACUACUACUACCGCCGCCGCCCUCUCUCCUCCUCCUACUACUACUACCGCCGCCGCCCUCCCUCCUCCUCUUACUACUACUACUACCGACGCUCUCCCUCCUCCUCCUUCUACUACUACUACCGACGCCCUCCCUCCUCCUACUACUACUACCGCCGCUGCCGUCCCUUUCUUCGCUCCGCCGGCCGUAGUACUAACGAUAGGCGAGCAGCGGCCUAUACGAAUUGCUAUAAGUAGCUACGCUACGUCGUCCGCAUUAUAG